UUCAAUGAAAAGGAAAUUGCAACACGCGCUGAAGUCUUGCCAAAACGGGAAGUCAACGCUGAAGAGGACACGAGAAGCUUAGAUGUGAUUUCUUUUUUUUAAAGAUGUUUUUACAGGAUUUUCACGUGACCUGAGGAGUCUGUUGCUUUUACAUAUGGACUAGAAUAACACCAGGCUGGUGGGACAGAGCUAUUGACUCAUUGGCGGAGCUGAUUGGUCGAGAUUCCACUCUGCACGCGAGGGUCACAGUUGAGGUUUCCUCUGUUAGUGCUGCUGUUCCAUGUAAACUCUCUCAUCCUUCCUCCGUUUGUCUGAUGCCACUGUGUCGCUUUCUCCGAGCUAUGGGCCAGCGAUCAACAGUGGGGAGCCUUCUGUUUUUCCUCUGGCUAAAUGGGAUCUGUACCGGAUUUAAACUGGAGAAUUGUACCCACAUCAACAGAACGUUUAAGAGCGUUUACUCUGUUCCCGGGGAUAUGGCUAUGCUCAGUAGCACUCUGGUGUCUUCAGAUGUCUUCAACUUCACAACUGUACCUUACAACAUCACCUGGUACAACUUGAAGACCGGCCGAGAAAUGAGGAACCAGACCGGUCGAGUCCUGGUGCACAGGGACACUCUGUGGUUUCUCAACAUAACGGUGGACGAUAUUGCAGAAUAUGUAUCUAUACUGAGAACUCCGUCUCGGUGCUACAGGCAGUGGAUCGAGCUGGUAGUUGAUCUGCCCUUUGCUGGACAGUGUGGAAGACCAAAGCAAGCCUUUCAAACCCUUACAUUGGGAGUCACUGACAAAGUGAGCUGUCCUCUGAAGGACUACAUCUCUAAACUGGACAGCUACAACAUCACUUCCUCCAUCAAGUGGUACAGAGGUUGUGACCUCAUCGUGGAUGGGACGGACAGGUUUAAAUACAUGGAUACGGCCGUACUGAAAAUUGAAAGGGUGGAAGCUGGAAACAACCUGUACACCUGUACUCUGAGCUUCACCCUCGGGGGCAUUACGGGAUCAGUCGAGACCAUUGAAGCAACGGUCUCAGGUAAAUACUCUUUGACUCCACAAGUGCGGGAACCGGCCAACGAAACAAUCAAGGCUCAGUUGGGGUCCAAUUUCACCAAGCGGUGCCUGGUAUUUGUGCCAAGUGUCGGGAAGCCCUCAGUUGAUAUUGUUUGGUGUGACGGAAAUAAAUACAUUUAUCAUCUCAAUACCAACCCCUCUGACCGUAUCUACACACCACAACCACGUUUGUCUAUGCAGGAUUUUCCUGAAGGUGCGUGGUUGGAGGUUCUGCUGAUUAUUUCUGAGCUAAGGGAGGAGGAUUUCCACAUCAACUACACCUGUCGAGCAUUCAGUGACAGGGGCACCCUUGAGGGAUAUUUCACUCUGCUACCCACAGAUCCCGACAUCAUCCUACCCGUUGGAUCUGUGCUCGGUGGUGUGACGGUUCUCUUUAUCAUCAGCGUCACCAUCUAUUACCUUUUUAAGGUUGACAUCGUGCUGUGGUUCAGGAAAGCGUUUCCUGUCCUCUACGCAAAUACAGAUUUGGAUGGGAAGCUGUAUGAUGCCUAUGUGGCAUACGCACAGCCCUGUGCCAUUGGAUUUAGCAAGGAAGUGGAAGAGUUUGCUCUUCGCACACUACCCCAAGUGUUGGAAAAUGCCUGUGGCUACAAACUCUUCAUAGGAGGCCGUGACUGCAUGCCCGGGAAGGCCAUAGUGGACUCAGUGGAGGAGAACAUACAAGCCAGUCGUCGCCUUCUUCUGCUCUACACCGCCUCUACUUUCAUCAGCAAAAGACACACAAGCAGCACUAGUAGCAAUAACAACAACACCUCUAAGAGCAGUGAUAACAAUGAAAGGAAGACAGGUGACAGCAUGAGUUUUGAUGUCAGUGAAGAGGUCUAUCCCGACUCAAGACAGCAGUUGGAGUGUGUGGCAGCAAUGCACAGAGCACUUCUGGAGGGAUCUCUCAAGGUAAUUCUUGUUGAGAUGGAAGAGAUCAGCCCGGCUCAGCUGGCUCUCUUCCCAGAGUCAGUACGUCACCUGAGGAAGAAGCAGGGUGCUGUGUGUUGGUGGAAGAACCUGAGAACAAGGCAAAGGUGGAGGACAUGUGUGAGGAGGAGAGAGGACGAGGAGAAAGGUGGACAGGACACACAGCUGUCCCCUUCCCUCUCCCCUUCCUCUAGGUUUUGGAAGGAGAUGAGGUACAGUAUGCCGGUCAGGGGCAAGAGGGCAGCGUACCCCGAGAAAACUGCCCUCCUGAACUUAUGAUGGGAAGAUGAACCAGAGAGCAGCUGGUCUCCAGUGCAAAUUUGUUUGGUACAGAAACCCUACACACACACAGACAAUUCAGAAAUACCGACCAAAAGCUGUGAAAUACAAGACCAGAAGCUGUGAAGUUCUCAGGUCCAAGCAGGGUCUGGCUUUUUAUUGACUCAGCAAAAUGCUCUGAGUGAAUUUAAGCUGGGCUUUUAUUGUGAAAGGUUAGACCCUGAAAAGCCUGCAUUCCCUAGCGUCUAGGAGAGAAGGUAUUGCCGUAAUACGAGUGAUUGAAAUCGUCACUUAAGCAACCAAGCGGUCCAAAAACAAUGGACCGCUUGAUUGGAUUACGUAUCAGAAUUCUUGCUCGGUGUUUGGGCUCAGUGCUAAUGAUUAUUGAAAAUAUACAAAUUGCUAUUUUGUUUCACCAAGCAUUUAAUCAUUGUAUAAUAUGAACAACACAAGAUUAGAUAGAUUUAAGAAACUGUUCUUUCCUGGAGGCUAUGCCUGUAUAUGAUGAUGAAAUUAGGUGAUGCAUGAUUUUAUAUGAAUGACAUCUUUUAUGUAAAUGCUUCAACCACAGUAGUAUAAUGAACACUGAACAAGCCUGGUGUAAACAUUCAGAUGAAAGUCGGAAACAAACCACACAAACUGCUUUAUCACACUUAGUAGUAUAAAAAAAUAAAAUUUACUGUAAUAAACAUGUGGAUAGCACUUUUUAAACACUGUUUUUGAACUUUACUUGACAGUUUCACUAUCUGGAGAAACAGCUGCCAGUACCGUUGAAAAUAUUUAGGUAACUCAAAGUUAAAUGUAAGCACUUGUAAGUCUGAACAUUAAUAUCUAAAUAUCAAUCGUAAUUAUCUCAAGUCAGUGUUACGACCCAAAGUAGUCUAGGGUGGAGGACGCAAACAGCUUAAAAUAAUAAAACCCGGGACAGAAAGCAAACGGUUAAAUAAGGCAAAUUUAUUGCGUCUGCACAACAAAGGGCAACUUAAAAACUAUCUUCAAAAGGAAGACGGUAACAGGCACAGGUAUUGCAAGGAUUGGAUCAGAGCAGGUCACACAGCAGCUCCCUCUAUGCUGGCUUCCACUGAAGCCUCUCUCUUCUGCACACAGUCAUGCUGCCUUCUUUUAAGCUGUGGGACACUGACCAGCUGAUCAGCCUCAGCUGCACGAUCAUCAGCAGCACACACCUGCAGAGACUCACACACACACCUGCAGAGACUCACACACACACCUGCAGAGAAUCACAAAGCACAAUACGGCACGCGACAGUCAGUAACAGCAACACACAACGCAGACUUAAGUGCAGUGAGUAUGACUACCGCCAUAGUGACCCUGAUCACACAGGAAGCAAUUCCUCCCCAUUAGCAACUCACGCUCCAAUCCAGCUCCGGCCAGUACACUUCAUACUCACAUCAAAUAUAUCACCAAAUCUGCCUUUUCUUAAAAACAUCUCCAGGCUCCGGCCAUCACUCUCUGAUUCUGCGGCAGAAACAGGCGCUUUGUGUAGCCGUGAACCCAGGCUUGGUGACUGCUAAGGGGCAUCAUCAUAUCAUCAUCAACUCUGCUACAGCUUCAGUCAUUUCCCUGUUCUGUUUUAAAGUAGCCCACGUUCAUACGGAGUCAAGGUUAAGCUUUCAAACAUUUCGAUGAGCGAUGCCUGUCGGGUGGUAUUUUGCUUACUUUACAAACUGGUGUUCAGUAUUUUAGCCGUGCAACCGUCGUAGAUGGCUUUGUGUGACGCUGCAUUAUUUUAAUAUUCCCACACGAGUGACAUACUGUUCCUAUUUGGGAAGAAGGUCGAGCCUGAGGCUAUUGUACAACAGAUCAAGCAAGGUACGGUGUAGCAUUACCGUGCCAACUUGAUGCCUUCUUCUUCUCUUCUUUAAUGGCGGAUUGCAAACUAAGUUUAGGUGCAUCCCUCCACCUACUGUACAGGAGUGUGUAACAUCAUGUAGCUGUUGCUUUCUCUGUGGAGUGCAGACUGCUUUGCUCUCCCAAGUCAAGUGACCAAAUCGCAGCCUUUGCGAUUAGGAAAUUGGGUUUUAACAUAGCGCGAUAUAAUUGCAAAUGUAAUUAAUCAUCAGCCCUACUCGGUGUACUCAAUUUUCCAAGUUCCGAGCUCGGAAGUCCGAGGUCCGUGUUGGUGCGUGUAGCAAGGGAACGUCUUAUCUUUCUUGUCGGACCUCAGACUCUGAUAGAGAACAGAGUGCAACGGAAGUACAGUGCAUGGACAGGUCGUCGGGAAGGUGGGCUAAACACUCCCUCGUUUUCCCUUUGUCAUCAAUGUGCCACUUGUUUGAAAAAAGUAGUUUUCUUUACCUCGCCCUCAACAGUUUGUACACUCAUAGCUACUGCUGACUCCGAGGCGGGUCUCUUAACACCGGGGAUAUGUAAAAACAUUUGAACCGAUUAUUUCCUUUUCGUCUGUACCUCAAUCCACUCCACCCGCCACUGUGGCUGGUAAAAAAAAAAAAGGUGGAAGCAGCAUCUAAUGUGCGGAUCGUCACAGCGUCUGGGCUAUCCUGAGUCUGCCCUGCAUCAGUAUUUGAACCACUGACUAUCCCUGGCAGAUAGAAACUGAAGAAUAAUGUGGACAAAGGAGGACUGAUGAAACCGAAGGAUCAUGUGUAACUGUAAAAUGUACAUAUCUGUGAUGAAAAGUGUAAAUAUGUAAAACAAAAAAAUACAUUCCUACAGAAUGAUAGGAGGUCAUGCAGCCAACUGUGCUUUAUAUUGAAUGUACUGCCAUUUAUUUACAGCUGUUGAACUAGAGGAAACUGUGAAGAGCAAAAGGGAGGAAUACAUUUAAUAAAAAUGUAUUUCUUUUUAGUAAAUGUUAUUUAUAAAAGGUAGAUUUAUUGC